AUGGCAAAGAAGCCAAGCAUGGGUCGGCAAAAGAUCAAAAUUGCCAAAAUAGAAGUCAAGAAUCACCUCCAAGUUACCUUCUCCAAACGUCGUUCAGGACUUUUCAAGAAAGCUAGUGAACUAUGUACACUAUGUGGGGUUGAAAUUGCCAUUAUAGUUUUCUCCCCUGCAAGAAAAGCUUACUCCUUUGGCCACACUAAUGUUGAGUUCAUUAUCGAUAGGUUUCUUUCACGAAAUCCUCAUCCAAUCUCCAAUCGACUUCAUCUUUUUGAGGCUCAUAGACAUCACAAUGUUUGUGAGCUCAACUUGAAACUCACUCAAAUUCUUGAUGAGCUUGAAGUUGAGAAGAAAAAGAGUGAAGCAUUUGAUCAAAUGAGGAAAACUUGUCAAACCCAAUAUUGGUGGGAAGCCCCUAUAGGUGAACUUGCCUAUCAUGAGCUUGAGCAAUUAAAAUAUUUUAUGGAAGACUUGAAAAAGAAUGUGAUGACUCAUGCAAGCAAGAUUAUGGUUGAGAAUACUGAGAAUGGUGUUGGGAUUUUUGAUAACUAUGACAUCAAGCCAAUUAUGGAUGCUUCAAAUUACCCUCAUAACCAUACAUUUGGUUAUGAUCAUGGAUUCUUUUAA